CCUGGCUCCGCUUCAGAGGAAGCACUCAAGAUAGGACGCUGCAGAGACACAAGGUGAGGGUGGUGUCACUGAUGUUUUUAACCUGAUGAUGAUGAUGAUAAAGAUGAUGAUAAAGAUGAGGAUGAUGAUGAUGAUGAUGAUGAUGAUGAUGAUGAUGAGCAGUGGAACAUGUGAGUGUGAUUUCCCACCUGCACCACUGUACCAUGGAAUUUUGGGAAAAGAGAUCUUCCUGCACCUCCCGAUUCCCUCAAACACAAGCAUGUUCAUCCUGAAAAGGGACAGUAAAGUUAUAUUACGUGGGAAAAUAGAAGUUCACACACUCAAAGCUCUGUUUGAAGAUGAUGGUCUGGAGAUCUUCAGCAGUGGAUCAGUGAAAAUCAGAUGCUGUGAGGAAAACCACACUGGAAAAUACUUGUGGGAGACGUGGAACUCAAUGGGGAACCUGCUGUGCAACUUUUCCUUCACACUCAACAUUUACGAUCGUCGUCAUCUCUCCAGUCCUGAUCUUCUCUCUGUCUGUCAGUCGUUUGCUGAAGUUAAACCUUCUACCACUGAGUGCUCAUUACGUCCACACGAUUCUUCCACCGACCUGCUACUGAGAGAAAACAUCUGCUUGAACAGGAAAGUUUUCCUUCUGUUGUGUGGUGUCAUGGCGAUGUUCCUUACACUCAUCACCGCUCUGUGCUGCGUCUCCAUCAUGCUGAGGAGAACAUCAUCUCCCUCUGAUCAUCCACCUGGAGUGGAUGUGGACGUUAUUUACACAGAAGUGGACAUCUGCAGGAAAGGAAAGAGGAACAGGAAAAAACAUGAAUCUGUGAAGAACGUGACAGAGAUUUACUCCGAGGUGAACCAUGAACCAAACCAGGAGACGAGAAAUCUGACCUUCACCACAUACGGACUGGAUGAAAUAAACCCAGUCUGAGUAUCAGGAUGAAGAACGUGAUCUUUCUACAGCACUUUUACAGUGUUCACAUCGUCCCAAAGCAUCUUCACACAAAUAAAUCAAUUACAGGUUUACAUUUUACUUUUAAUGAAUCAGUUUCUACUCAUUCACCACUAAUGAGAUACUCAGAGACGUGAUGAGGGAAAAAACCCUGCGAUGGUGUGAGGAAGACAUCCUCAUCCUCAUCCUCAUCCUCAUCCUUACCAAGAAGGUCCAUGAAGGUCCAUUCAGGACAGUUUCACCAUUGUUCACGUGAAACAUUUCACUUUUUAAUAAACAGUACAGAACAUA